CUAUACCUUGUGGAUGCAAUCAGCAGAUUCCAGACUGGGAAAUUCAGGUCACACAACCAGGUUUCUUCAGCAAAUAAAGUGCAAGGGACAGAAAAGACGGAGGGGAUCCUGUGGAUUAAGAGACUUGAAAGACCUCAAAACUGGCUAGAGAGUUUAGGGCUGUAUGUUUGGUGAGGCAGUGAUGAGCAUGGAGGUGCGGGUUGUGAUUGCUGUGGGUGGGAGGAGAAGGUCUUGGAGUACUUCUGGAGUGUCUGCAAAGUUUCUCGGCCUGAGUGGUGGAUACAGGGCUGUUUGCCUUAUACAAAUGCAUUAAGCUGCUUACUUGUUUCAUGCACUUUUCUAGAUUGACACACUUUACAACUCAAAGGUUAAGAGGCUGGUGGAACCUAGCUCUGCUGACAGUCAUUUACUAACUGAAGAGUGAGAGGCCUUUCUUUCUGAAGUCACGCAGAUAAAGUAAUCACUGUCACCCUGUUUCCCAUGAUCCCCAUGUACAUUUGGUAUGUCUGGUGAAGUAUCUCAUCCACUAGCAAGUAUUUGUUGAGCUUCUGCUGUGUGCCAGACCUAUCCCAGGCACUGAGGAUACAGCGGUGAACAACACAAAAAGCACUGCAUCUGUGGGGCUUACCUUCCAGUGGGGGUUAGUCACUAACCUAGUAAGAUGAUUUAGUACAUUAGAAGAGGAGAAGGGGCUCUAGACAGAUACUAACCAGGCAAGAGGGUGAAGCGGGGAGAGGGGAGAAGGCCUUACUCAAAAUGGCAUUUGAUGAAAACCUGAAAGGAGGUAAGGGUGGAGGUUGCAAAUCUCCAGGGAAUGAACCUUCCAGUCAAGGACCUGAGAGUGCUGAGGCCCCAGGUGAGCACCACAGAGCACGAUGGCACAGCAGGGAAGCCAGUGUGGCUGGAGGCCGGGCAGAGAUGGGGAAUAGCAGGAAUUGAGGUUAGGUCAUGGGGCAAGAGUUUAAGGCACCGUCGUUAGGACUGGAGCUUUUACUUUGAGCGAGGUGGAAACCCCCUGGAGACUUGGGUACGGGAUUUUUGUGCCUUGACUUAACAUGUGAACUGAAGCGCUCUGGCUGCCGUGUGGAAGGGCAGGAUUUGAAGUGGAAGCUCAGUGAGGACGCAGAUGAGCUAGUGAGAAGUGUUCACCUGUCCGAUACAUGCUGAAGAUAGAACUGAUAGCUCUGGUGGAUGGCUGGAAUGGUCUGCGAGAGCAGGCCAGCAAGGAGGGCAGGAUGGCCCCAAGGUUUGCGGCGUGACUGCAGCAGCAGAGUCGCGUUCACCCGAGACAUUUCAGGAGCUCACUGGAUAUCCAAGCGGGGAUGUGGAGUAGCAGUUGCACGUAAGGAGAAGUGUGUUCUGGGAAAUAAGUUGAAGGCUGCCAGAAACAAUAUUUGAAACCAUGAGACUGGACGAGAUCACCAUGGCAGUGAUCGUAGAGAAAGUCAGCCGCCCAGGGCCUGAGUUCCCUGAGGCAGGUGCCCAGCGGCCAGCAAAGGAUUCCAGACGCCUCACCCCUAGCUCCUGAGCCUCCACCAACUUUUCAGCCCCAGCUGAAAAGCCCCAGCUCUUCAGGUUUCUCUUGGAUUUCCUUUUAGUCAAUCUGAAGCCACGCAGAAAAGCUCUGACUUGGAAGUACUACGCUAAAAAAAUUCUUUACUACCUACGCCAACAGAAAAUUUUAAAUAACCUAAAGGCAUUUCUUCAGCAGCCUGAUGACUAUGAAUCGUACCUUGAAGGCGCUGUAUAUAUUGACCAGUACUGCAAUCCUCUCUCUGACAUCAGCCUCAAAGAUAUCCAGGCCCAGAUUGACAACAUCGUAGAGCUGGUCUGCAAAACCCUCCGGGGCAUGAACAGUCGCCACCCCAGCUUGGCCUUCAAGGCAGGUGAAUCCUCCAUGAUAAUGGAGAUAGAACUCCAGAGCCAGGUGCUGGACGCCAUGAACUACGUCCUUUAUGACCAGCUGAAGUUUAAGGGGAACCGAAUGGAUUACUAUAAUGCCCUAAACUUAUACAUGCACCAGGUUUUGAUUCGAAGAACAGGAAUUCCGAUCAGCAUGUCUCUGCUCUACUUGACAAUUGCCCGGCAGUUGGGGGUCCCACUGGAACCUGUCAACUUCCCCAGUCACUUCUUGUUAAGGUGGUGCCAAGGUGCAGAAGGGGCGACCCUGGACAUCUUUGACUACAUCUACAUAGACGCUUUUGGGAAAGGGAAGCAGCUGACAGUGAAAGAGUGUGAAUACCUGAUCGGCCAGCACGUGACGGCAGCACUGUACGGGGUGGUCAACGUGAAGAAGGUGUUACAGCGAAUGGUGGGAAACCUUUUAAGCCUGGGAAAGCGGGAAGGCAUCGACCAGUCUUACCAACUCCUGCGAGACUCUCUGGAUCUGUACCUGGCGAUGUACCCGGACCAGGUGCAGCUUCUCCUCCUGCAAGCCAGGCUCUAUUUCCACCUGGGCAUCUGGCCAGAGAAGUCUUUCUGUCUUGUCUUGAAGGUGCUUGACAUCCUCCAGCACAUUCAAACCCUAGACCCCGGGCAGCAUGGGGCGGUGGGCUAUCUGGUGCAGCACACGUUAGAGCACAUCGAGCGCAAGAAGGAGGAGGUGGGUGUGGAGGUGAAGCUGCGCUCCCACGAGAAGCACAGAGACGUCUGCUACUCCAUUGGGCUCAUUAUGAAGCAUAAGAGGUAUGGCUAUAACUGUGUGAUCUAUGGCUGGGACCCUACCUGCAUGAUGGGACACGAAUGGAUCCGAAACAUGAACGUCCACAGCCUGCCUCAUGGCCAUCAUCAGCCUUUCUAUAAUGUUCUGGUGGAGGAUGGUUCUUGUAGAUAUGCAGCCCAAGGGGUCGCCGACUUCUCCUGGGAAGGGCCAGAGAUGCCGUGCGUACCUAAGAAAGUUAACAGCAAGAAGCAUAUCCUCAGUAUGAGACUGGGUGUUGAGGACCAACCAGUGUUCCCACAGAAUCUUACACCACUUGCAAUUUCCCUGGAGCACCCUGGGGAGCACCUGGCCCCGUGGGUAGAAGUUGUUCAAGAGAAGCUGUUGAAAAUCACUCACCAGGAAGUCUGUUUGCCCGAGGUGAGCCUGUGGCAUCCUGACAACAAGAGACCUGUGGUUUCAGGAGAGAGACAGAGUGCGAGCAGAGGAGGGGCAGAAAGAGAGGGAGACGCAGAAUCCGAAGCAGGCUCCAGGCAGGCUCCGAGCUGCCAGCACAGAGCCCGACAAGUGGCUCGAACCCGGGAACAGAGUCGAAGUCGGACGCUUCACCGACUGAGCCACCUGGGGGCCCCAUAUCCUCAUUUCAUUUUAGAUGAAGACACUGCCACCCCUUGGUGCCCCAGUGACACGUGGGGUUCAGGAGGCCCUACUGCGAGGCUUUGGCCGCUCAUUGCUGCGUCUGUUUGCGUGGAUUUGGAACACAUCUGGGCUGUCAGCACAGAACCCGACGCGGGGCUCGAACCCGCGAACCAUGAGAUCAUGACCUGAGCCAAAGUCGGACGCUCAACCCACGGAGCCACCCUGAAAAAAUCCUUUGAGAAGGAAAAAGGAAGAAGCCAUCCGUUCCAUGAGAUGCCCCCACACCUUUCCAGACACAUAGACUCGAGUGAUGGGUCAUGCCUAUUGUGUUCUCCUUUUGCGCGUGUCAUCUUCCCAGAGGGCAGGCAGUCCUCCGAAUUGUCAAUAAUGACGGGUAGCACGGCAAGGCCCAGACUGACAAAUGUCUUCUGUAAAGGAAGGGCCGGAUAGUAAAUAAUACAGGCUUUGCAGGCGUGAUAGUCUCUGUUGCAACUGCUCAGCUCUGCUGUGGUACGAGGGAAACAGCCAGAGACCUAAACAAACAGGCGUGGCCGUGUUCCAAUAAAACUUUAUUUGCAAAA